AGGUUUGAAGGUUUUGUGUCUGAUGCCUUCUAUUCUGGUGUUUCAGGUAACAACAAACUUGGAGGACAGGAUUUUAAUCAGAGGUUGAUGCUGUAUUUGUAUGAUCAGCUCCAUCAAACUUACGGUUCUCUGCCAACGAGAAAAGAAGAAAUACAUCGCCUCAGACAGGCUGUAGAAGCAGUUAAAUUGAAUUUGACUGUUCGUGAGGCAGCUACGCUAAGGGUGGUGUUGACUGUGCCAGAAAGGAAGCUUACAAAAGAACUUCCAGAAAGUAAGGCAAAAUCAAACACUGUGUUAAAAGGCGAGCCUUCACAAAAUGCGGGAGAUCUGAAAAAUCUUGGAGACGCUUCAAAAGUAGAGAACAACUUUGUCAAAGUUGUGUUUGAAACAGAAAUAUCUAGGAAGCUAUUUGAGAUGCUAAAUGAGGACCUUUUUGAGAAGAUUCUUGUGCCCAUCGAACAGGUGUUGAAGGAAGGCCACCUACACAAAGCAGAAGUGGAUGAAAUUGUGUUAGUUGGAGGCUCCACGCGGAUUCCUCAAAUACGCAGAGUUAUUCAGGAUUUCUUUGGAAAGGAACCUAACACCUCUGUAGAUCCCGAUCUAGCAGUUGUCAUGGGCGUAGCUAUCCAAGCAGGAAUUGUUGGUGGGUCCUGGCCUCUCCAAGUCAGCGCUAUAGAAAUUCCCAAUAAGCAUUUACAGAAGACUAAUUUUAACUGAACCUGAACUCUUCCCCAUUGCAUUCCGCCUCUCCAGAAGCGUACUCUGAUGGUGCGUGCUUACCUGACUGGCAGCAGAGCCUAGUCUUAGCCAUACUAUAUUCCUUUU